CACCUCGCGGGCCGCGUCGUGUAUCGCUGGUCACGACACUUGGUGGAAGAGCCACGUCUGCGACGACGGACGGACAGACAGUCGGCUAUAGAGAAACGUUGCUUCUGACGCGCCGGUGACACAGCCCGCUGCUGCGAAAAUGCUGCGAAAGUGCCUGAUUGUCCUGCCACUGCUGCUGCUGAGUGUUCUCGCCGAGGAGAAGGAUGUCCUGGAGCUCACCGACGAUACCUUCGAGAGCGAGCUCGAGCGUCACGAGAAUACCCUUGUCAUGUUUUACGCACCAUGGUGUGGACAUUGUAAACGUUUAAAGCCAGAAUAUGCAAAGGCAGCUGAGCUGCUCAUAGGUAAUGAACCACCAAUCACAUUGGCCAAGGUGGAUUGUACAGAGGCUGGAAAAGAAACUUGCAACAAGUUUUCCGUUAAUGGUUAUCCAACUCUCAAGAUCUUUGAGGGUAACGAGUUCAGAUCUGAUUACAACGGUCCUAGAGAAGCACCCGGCAUUGUUAAGUACAUGAAGUCCCAAGUAGGACCAGCAUCCAAAGAGUUGACUAGUGUAGAGGCUCACAAAGCAUUCUUGGAAACUGAUGAAGUCACUGUGAUAGGCUACUUCGAAAAGGAUGAUUCUCCAUUAUCCGCAGCAUAUCAUAGUGUUUCCAAGAAACUGAGAGAAAAGGUCAGAUUCGGUCAUUCAUCGGCGAAAAAUGUUUUGGACAAAGUAUCCCAUAAGAACACAAUUGUCCUUUACCGUCCAAAGAUACUCCAUAACAAGUUUGAAGAUGAUAUCGUCGUGUACAAAGGUAGCGAUUCCAUCAGUGACGUGAAUGAGUUUAUCUCCAAGAAUUUCUACGGUAUCGCCGGUUUACGUACUCGCGACAACAUGCAAGAUUUCAAGAAUCCUCUGGUGGUUGCUUACUAUAAUGUAGAUUAUGUGAAGAACGCUAAGGGUACAAACUAUUGGCGCAACAGGAUCAUCAAGAUCGCCAAGGACUUUCCUGAAUAUUCUUUCGCCAUAGCUUCCAAGGAUGACUUCCAACAUGAGUUGAACGACUUCGGUAUCGACUACGCAAAGGGUGAUAAGCCAGUCAUUUUAGCACGAGAUGCCAAGAAUCAGAAGUUUGUUCUCAAAGAUGAGUUCUCCAUGGAUACGUUCGAGGCGUUCCUGAAAGAUCUGCAAACUGGCGCUUUGGAACCGUAUCUCAAAUCCGAGCCGAUCCCAGAGAGCAAUACGGGCAACGUAAAGAUUGCGGUGGCCAAGAACUUCGAUGACAUAGUUACUAAUAACGGCAAAGAUACGCUAAUCGAGUUCUAUGCGCCCUGGUGUGGACAUUGUAAGAAAUUAGCACCGGUAUACGACGAGUUGGGCGAGAAAUUGGCGGAUGAAGACAUCGAAAUCGUCAAGUUUGACGCUACGGCGAACGACGUGCCGGCACCGUAUGAAGUACGCGGUUUCCCGACCCUUUAUUGGGCUUCCAAGGACGCCAAGGAUAGCCCGGUCAAAUAUGAAGGUGGUCGCGAGCUCGAUGACUUCAUCAAGUACAUUGCUAAGCAUUCUACCGACGAACUCAAAGGCUACGAUCGCAAGGGCAAGGCGCUCAAGCCUAGAACUGACGAGCUAUAAGACAUUUGUAACGUGUAAAUGACCAUAAAAGUUCAUUUUUUGUAUCAAUCGAUGAAACAAUUCGGGAGUUUUCCUCAUGCAAGCAAGUACAUUCAAGAAAAUGUGCGAAAAUAGAGAGCAAAGUAAUAUUUAGAGUGCAGAUAUGGAUUUUUCGCGAGGCGUUUUGCAAUAAGUGAAAGAUGAUGAAGUAUGCUCGAAUGGAAGAGGAGUGUCUUUAGCAUUUAGGAUUUAUUGUCUACAUGUAAUUAUAUACUUUGUAACGAUGUAUAAUGAUGCGAUGAAGUGCGAAGAAUUGAUUUGAAAUUUGUCCCAUAACAAUAUGCUUUCCAAAGUAUUUGACGAAUUAAAGAUGUAAGAAGCAAAACUCCAUUCCGAUUUUGCGUGUUUCAACUACUUUAAGUUAAGAAAUGACAAUUUUUGUUUAUACGAAAGAGUCAAAAUAAAUUGUUUUAUACAAAA